AUGUCAUUAUUCAGAAGUUUACAAAAUAGUCCUGCUACGGUUUCGAUCUUUCAUAAUGCAAGGAUUCCAUUAUCAAAUAAAUUAUAUAAUAACUUGGAAAAAACGUAUGAUACUUUACCAGAAAAACCAAAAUAUGAAUUUACAAUUGAUUUAAUGAAAGAUAAAAUGCCUACUUAUGAUCAAUAUAGAUUAUUUGUUGAUAAAUGUUUAACAAAUGAACAAGCUAAAGUUACAUUACAAAAUUGUUUCCCAUUUUUAAAUGAUAGACAAACUCAUUUAUAUGACACGCACGGUAAAACUGUUACAAUUAAAGGAAUUGAUUGGUCAAAUAAGAUUUUUAGUCAAAGUGAAUAUCAAAUGAUUUAUGAUACUUUUAAUAAAUUACAAGAAGGUAAUGCUAGUAUUGAAACUACAGCUUCAGAUGUUUUUAAAGCUCCUUUAAUUGUUGAUUGGGAUCAAAAUAAAUUGGCAGGUGAUGAAAAGACAUUGGAAUUGUUAUUAAAAGUGUAUAAAGAUCAAUAA